AUGCCGAUUUCAACUAACAGGCUAUUAGCGCAAGCUGGUGGCCAGGAAGCAGUAAAGAGAAGGAAAACCUGGAAGAGAAAUGUGUUCGGCCAGGUUAAAGGAGUCAUGGGGGCAUCCAGAGAAGACAGGAGCUCUGGGCACCGGUCGCCACACUGCGUCCCACCUUCAAUAGAGGGACUUGGCAAUGCUGUCCAAAACACAUGGUCAUCCAAAAACUACGAGGCCAAAUCAGGGAGGCCAGAGUCCCCCGUGAAAGGCCAGCAGACAGCAUGGCGCCUACAUGACACCAAGCUCCAGACCAACGUCAACCUUGAUAAAUCAGUGGUAGCAUCUAACCUCUUCCAGUGCAGGGCAAAACUGGGACCCGCCACAGACGCCACCUCUGACUUCUUCGGCAGUCCACUGGUGUCGCCUUUCAGCACUUCUGACCAGUCGACUUCCACAGACCCCAAGUCACUUAAGUCCUGCUUAAGUAACUGCUCUACCAGAAUUGAAGCCACAUUUGUUACAGGCUCAGUCCACAGACUGGACAGCCACAACACCACAUCACGCCAGCAGGAACCUUUGGGGGUCACCGGGUGCGAGAAAGCAGGAGGAAGCCUUCUGGAUGGUGGUUACAGAAUGCCCAUUGCUAUCACGUGCUUUACCAGAGGCCUGGACAUCAGGAAAGAGAAAGCAGAUGUCCUCUGCCCAGGGGGCUGCCCGCUCGAGGAGUUCUCCGUGUUUGGGAACAUAGUGUAUGCUUCUGUGUCGAGCAUAUGCGGCGCCGCUGUCCACAGAGGCGUGAUCAGCAGCUCCGGGGGGCCUGUGCGAGUCUACAGCCUACCCGGCCGAGAAAACUAUUCCUCAGUGGUUGCCAACGGCAUCCAGUCUCAAACGCUUUCCAGAUGGUCUGCUUCUUUCACAGUGACGAAAGGCAAAAGUGGUACCCAGGAGGCCACAGGACAAGCAGUGUCCACAGCACAGCCACCAGCAGGUAAACGACUAAAGAAAACACCCAACAAGAAAGCUGGCAAUAAAGACUGUAAAGCAGACAUUGCAUUUCUGAUUGAUGGAAGUUUUAAUAUUGGGCAGCGCCGAUUUAAUCUACAGAAGAAUUUUGUUGGGAAAGUGGCUCUAAUGCUGGGAAUUGGAACAGAAGGACCACAUGUGGGCCUUGUUCAAGCCAGUGAACAUCCCAAAAUAGAAUUUUACUUGAACAACUUUACAUCAGCCAAAGAUGUUUUGUUUGCCAUAAAGGAAGUAGGUUUCCGAGGGGGUAAUUCCAAUACAGGAAAAGCCUUGAAGCAUACUGCCCAGAAGUUCUUCACAGCAGACACUGGUGUGAGAAAGGGGAUCCCCAAAGUGGUGGUGGUGUUUAUUGAUGGCUGGCCUUCCGACGACAUUGAGGAAGCAGGCAUUGUGGCUAGAGAGUUUGGUGUCAAUGUCUUUAUAGUUUCUGUGGCCAAGCCUAUCCCUGAAGAACUGGGGAUGGUUCAGGAUGUCGCGUUUGUUGAUAAGGCCGUCUGUCGGACUAACGGCUUCUUCUCUUACCACAUGCCCAACUGGUUUGGCACCACAAAAUACGUGAAGCCUCUGGUGCAGAAGCUCUGCACUCACGAGCAAAUGAUGUGCAGCAAGACCUGCUAUAACUCAGUGAACAUUGCCUUUCUAAUCGACGGCUCGAGCAGUGUUGGGGACAGUAAUUUCCGCAUCAUGCUUGAAUUCGUUUCCAACAUAGCCAAGACUUUUGAAAUCUCAGACAUUGGUGCCAAGAUAGCUGCUGUACAGUUCACCUAUGAUCAGCGCACGGAAUUCAGUUUCACUGACUAUAACACCAAAGAGAAUGUCCUAGCAGUUAUCAGAAAUAUCCGCUAUAUGAGUGGUGGAACGGCUACUGGCGAUGCCAUCUCCUUCACCGUGAGAAAUGUGUUUGGUCCCGUGAGGGACAGCCCCAACAAGAACUUCCUGGUCAUUGUCACAGAUGGGCAGUCCUAUGAUGAUGUUCGAGGCCCUGCUGCUGCUGCACAUGAUGCAGGUAUCACCAUCUUCUCUGUUGGUGUGGCGUGGGCACCUCUGGAUGACCUGAGAGAUAUGGCCUCGAAACCAAAGGAGUCACACGCUUUCUUCACAAGGGAGUUCACAGGAUUAGAACCAAUUGUUUCUGAUGUCAUCAGGGGCAUUUGUAGAGAUUUCUUAGAAUCCCAGCAAUAAUGAUGACAUUGUGACAACUGAAAGAAAAAGUGCAAGAGAAUAUAAUUCUUGUAAUACUGAAAUACUAUAGAGCAUACUAGGAUCAGAUACAAAACUGUAUUAAGUGCCAACAGCUGUUUUAAGCAACUAAGCAUUCAAAGCUACUAGCUUCGAAUUAUAACUUGGAUUUAAUUGUUCACUCUGCUGAGGCUUCAUAACCAUGACCCUUAGAAACUCAGGAAAAGGGGUAUAAUGUGGAUUAAAAUCUUAAGAGUUCUAUUCUAACAUGCAUAUUAAAUGUAUAGAUAUGAAAAUGCCAAGGCUCAAUAAAAGAAUCUGAUACUUA